AUGCAGCUCCCCGUUCGGUCGACGCUUCUUCUGCCUGUGGCUCUGCUGCUGCUCCAGUGGUGCGAGUCCCGCGCCUCGUCGGUGACUGCAGGCGCGCCGGAUCACUUGGUCACCACGGGCGGCGAGUGCGUCCGUUUGUUCCACACACGAGGAAGUAUCGGCUGCCGCAGUCUCUCGAGUACCGACAUGGCGACCCUGUACCCAAUUACGAGCUCGAAAGACCUGCAGAACUUUAUCGCAGGAAAAUCGCACUUGGUGGAUACCGACGACAAGUACGUGCUCGUGAUGGCCGAAUCGCUCGCGGAGUACGACGUGCUUUCGCCCGGUUUCGACCGCAUUGGCGGUCUCUUUAUCUUUCCCGAUGCCGGCGAUACGAACGCGUCGUUUGACGCGAGAGCCCCCCAAGGAGACGGCACGAUCGACGGAGUGCUGAACCCGUUUGCAGGUGACAAGACCAAGUGGAACCCGACGGGCAACGCGCUGUUGACAAAGCUUUUGCCGUUUCCCGUCGUGAUGCUGCAGAACGCCACAGUCGGCGCGGAGUUCACGAAACGCGCCCAGAAGAACGUGGACAAUGGCUCUGGCGCGACGUAUAGGGCGUUCAUGAACUACUACUUCGGACCGGCAGACAUGGACUCGAUCAAGUGCCUCACGUUCACCAAUUUAUACGGAAACCGCAGUCCCCGGUGCGACCCGAUUGGAGGACAGAGUUCGUGGGCCAUGAGGGGCAACUUGAAGUCGGACGAGAUCGUCAUGGCCAUGGCUGGAAUGGAUGCGACGUCGUUGUCGCAUGUGCUGGCACCGGGGGCCAACACGGCAGCGUCUGGACUUGUGGCACUGCUUGCAGCAGCUCAUGCGCUCAAGGGAGUGCCGGAUUCGGCCUUCGAUAAAAAGGUGGUGUUUGCAGCGUUUCAGGCCGAGAAGUAUGGUUUUGUCGGGUCGAGGAAGUUCCUGUCGGACCUGCACCGAUUCACGAAGGACCCGGAAGGAGCUUGUGCGUUCGCCGUCGAUGACUCCGUGUCGCCCAUGGGCAAGAGCUUUUGCACGUCGCCGAUGCUAAGUAGCACAGAGUUUGCUAAGUUGCAGCUCGCUAACAUCUCGUACGUGAUUGCAGUUGACCAGGUGGGCAUUCUGCCGAAGUCUGGCAACUUUACGGUGCACGUGAAUCCCAACGCGAACGAUUCCAGUAAUCUCGUGGACGCGAUUAUGCGCGCACCGUCAGCUGCCUCUGCUCGUGAUCUAGUAGGCGCGGUGCUAGCUGGAUAUGACGGCACGUUCUCUUCGAAGAGGACGUACAACAGUCGUCACGACGAGUUUACGCUCCUGGACGUGGAUGCAGUUGCAAAGGCUGCGCAGGUGCUAGCAGAGAGCGUGUUUAUCCUCGCUUCUAGUAAUGCCACAACUGCAGAGAUGGACAAGAUCGCAGUGGAUACGUCGCUGGUCAGGUCAAUGUUGUUGUGCAUCACGACGGACUGGAACUGCGACCUCAUGAACGACUACUCCCAGUACAUGAAGUCGACGCUGAUUGAGUAUCUGAGCCUGUCAGACUCGGCGUCUCCAGCUUACUCCGUGCCGACCACUUUGUACCCCGGUCCGAUCGACGUCGACGGCUCGAUGCUUGUUCUCAAACGUAGUGACGAGUCGAUGCAUUCGCUGUUCAACGAGUCGUGGUCCGACGCCGACUACACGGUGCGCCUCUUCCCGAACGCUUACGAGUUCUUCACUCGCGCGUUUCUGGCCUCUGCGAUGGUACCGAAUGCUACUGCUGCUGCUGCUGCCUCGUGCUCACAAAGUCAAGGUUGUCACAACGGUGGAAAGGGAAUGGAGUGCGUUCACCCGGGAAUUUGCGCUACGAAGAGUGCGUUCCAUCACGAAGCCAGCUCCCCAGCGAUCAAGCGAACUACGGCAGUGCUGCAUUACGACAUUGUUAACUCGUCGAUGCCGAUUUGGACCGAGCCUCAGUGGGCUUCUGACAUUGGAAGCUACUCGUUCCCGGACCCUGGCGCUGUCGUUGGGUGGGUGGCAUUGGCCGUCGGCGUGGUGGUGACAUGCCUGGGCGUCGGGGCUUCCUUCAUGGUGCUGAAGAGCGUGCAGAAGCUCAAGCUCAUGUGA